AGUACCUACAGUUUCAAGUAAGUUUGAAAGCUAAGCAACAGCGCCAUGUCUCCCUACACCGUGCUCGUCCUCUGCCUGCAGCUCUGCCUGAUCCAGUCCGUGCUGAGCCAGGGCUGCUGCGGCUCCAGAGGCUACAGCUCCAGCAGCGGCUGCGGCUGCGGCUCGUACGGCGGGCAGGGCUGCGGGCAGGUGGGCGUGACCGGCCCCAUCCAAGCGUGCGGCACCACCUGCGUUCAGGGAUGCGUGCCCGUGCUCGGAUCCGUCUGCUUCGACGGCUGCGCGCCCGCCUGCGGCUGCGUCUCCAUCUGCGGAGAGUGCUGCGGAUGCGGAUGCAACUAAUCUCUUCACUCGCAACAAUUAGUAUCGAUUCAUUCGAACUUGUGUCUUGUAAUAAAGCAAUCACCUAAAAAAAUUGUGUAAU